UCAAAUAUUGGAUGAGAAUCAAAAGAAAAACUAUCGUGAUACAAGAGGUGCAACGACGUCGUUUAGGUCUACUGCCAAUAGGCUGUCGAUUCAUCAGAUGACUCUGGUAUUAUUGGUUUGUCAACCAUGUAAUCUGUUGGGGCACAAGGAAAAUUAAAUAAUGUCAUCGAUAUCAGACAAGGAAAUCAUGACUGAUUUGUUCGCAAGCAGUUACAUAACCUGUCUGUUUCUCGUCAGGCCGAAGAAAAUAACACAAGUCUACUCUUGCCAACAAACUACAGGCCUUUUUUGUUUUUUUGGUAUCUCCAACGUCCGUCCUUGCUGUUAAGUACAGCCGUAAAGAACUGUCAUUCUGUUAGGCUCGUUCUGGCGCCCUUGUAGGAGAGCAACAGACUGUCUCUUUAAAUCAAUGGCAUGUCUGAUCUAUCUGGUUGCUAAAGCUCUUGCCUAACCUCUCCCUUUUGUUUUUCCAAUUAAAUUUCUGAUAUCUUUUCCUGUUAAUUAGGAAUCCAAGAAAUUAAGGAUUAAACUGUACGUAGGAAAUGGCAGUUGCCCUUGAGAUUGGAGAUGCCAAUAACUUAGACGGGAAUAAUAAUUCUGGGAAGAUAACAUUGUCAGUGUUGAUAACAUGCAUCGUUGCUGCAUCAGGCGGCCUCAUUUUUGGCUACGACAUUGGAAUCUCAGGAGGUGUUACAACAAUGCCAUCUUUUCUUGAGACAUUCUUUCCUUCAGUGGCGAAGCAGGCUGCAGAGGCCAAAAACACAAACAUGUACUGUAUGUAUGACAGCCAUGCCUUGACAUUAUUCACAUCAUCUCUCUACAUUGCAGGGUUAGUUGCAUCACCUGUAGCUAGCCGCCUCAUAGCUACAACGGGUCGGAAAAACGUCAUGAUGCUAGGUGGUUGCAUCUUCUUUGCUGGUGCUGCCUUGAACGGCUUGGCUGCAAAUGUUCUCAUGCUCAUUCUGGGUAGACUCAUGCUUGGCUUUGGGGUUGGUUUCAAUAACCAGGCAACUCCGGUUUACCUAUCAGAGGUGGCGCCACCAAAAUGGCGUGGUGCGUUCAGCACGGGCUUUCAAUUCUUUAAUGGAAUUGGGGUGUUAUCAGCCAAUUGCAUAAAUUUUUUCGUGGCCAAGCACAGCUGGGGAUGGCGUUUAUCCCUCGGCCUUGCUUCUGUGCCCGCUGCUAUAAUGACAAUAGGUGCACUCUGCAUCCUAGACACGCCUAGCAGCCUAGUGGAGCGUGGCAAACUCGUAGAAGCUCGGCAGUCUCUGAUUAAAAUCCGAGGAAAUAAAAGUAACGUGGACGAUGAACUAGCUGAUCUCGUUAACUCUAGUGAACUCGCUAAAGCUGCCCACGAACCUCUUAAGACUAUAUUUGAGAGGCGUAAUAGACCACACCUAGUGAUGGCAAUCGCCAUUCCCUUUUUUCAACAAUUCACUGGGAUUGGUGUAGUGGCAUUCUAUACGCCAGUUGUCUUUUCAUCAGUUGGCUCUGGACAAGAUUCCGCUUUAACUGCAGCAAUUGUUCUAGGUGCAGUUAACCUUGGUUCAAUCCUUGUGUCGACGGUUGUGGUGGAUCGUUAUGGUCGAAGAUUAUUAUUCAUAAUUGGUGGAAUUCAAAUGUUCAUAUGUCAGGUUGCGUUGUCUAUUCUGCUUUAUAUGGCAACAGGUGCUGCAGGCACUGAGAAGAUCCCCAAGGGCUAUGACCUAUUGUUACUCGUUUUCAUGUGCAUCUAUGCUGCUGGUUUCGGCUGGUCUUGGAAUCCUCUUACCGUGCUCAUUCCUAGUGAAAUCUUUCCUAUGAGAAUUCGAGCCACGGGAGUAAGCAUAAAUAUUGCCGUUGCUUUCUCUGCUACGUUUGUACUAUCACAGUUCUUCUUAACCAUGCUAUGUCACCUCAAACACAGCCUAUUUCUGUUCUAUGGCUGUUGGAUUGCCGUGAUGACGGUCUUUGUUGUGGUUUUUUUGCCGGAGACAAGAGGAAUUCCUUUGGAAAAAAUGGAUGAGGUGUGGAUGAAGCACUGGUACUGGCGUCGAUUUGUUGGAGGGCAGUUGUAGCUAGGUGUUGAAAUAUAUGGCUUAAAUUGGAUAAUGCGGUGGUACUUCUCCAUGGGAGUUCUAUUGUCAAGAAGAUGAAUGAGAAUUUGAAUUUGAUUGAUAAUGAUCACAUUAGAGACCUAAAGGUCUGGCCUUCGAAGAUAGCGGAGGUUGUGUCGUAUUCAAAUUCUUUGAAUUCAAACCAGUCAAUGUCUAGUGUCAAGAGAUUGGGUAGAAUAAGAUUUGGACUUGGCUUGGCACUUGUUUCCUAGUUGGUAAUGUACUUCGCAAACUAUUGUAGAAAUUUCAGAAAAAAGGAAAGGCACCUUUGUUUGUAA